AUCGCCAUCAACCUUUGAAAUAUUCAACGACAGAUGAACGCAACGAAAAUAAGGCAAAUUAAAUUCCGAUAUGACGAGUCUUAAGAGACCACAGGGCGGUGACCCGAACUCUCCAAAUCUGUCGAGCAAGAUUUACGUGAGAUCCACGAAGAGCGGCAAGGUCCAGAAGAUUGUACGUGAGGUCUAUCUCCGACAAGAUAUCCCGUGCUCCUCUAAGCUAUGCUCGAAAUGCAUGGAAACUGCUCCGAGGAGCUUCAUGGGUGAGAGAAGCCCCUUCGUCCUCUCGGACAAACCCGCGGGCACCAAGGCCUAUCCACAGGGACAUUAUCUCGUCCCAGAUACAAAUGCUCUACUUAACGCCAUGGAUCUGUUUGAACAGAGCUCGGCAUUCUAUGAUGUCAUCAUUUUACAGACCGUCUUAGAAGAGCUGCGCAACAGAUCUUUACCACUAUACAACCGCCUAAUCGGCCUGACAAAAAGCCAGGACAAACGCUUCUAUGUCUUCUUCAACGAAUUUAGACUAGAGACCUAUAUCACUCGUGAAGAGGGUGAAACCAUUAACGACAGAAAUGACAGGGCAGUCCGACAAGCCGUCAAAUGGUACAAUGACCAUUUGAAAGGCAAACGAGCGCCCGUUACUGUCAUGCUCACCGACGACAGACUUAAUAUCCAAAAGGCGAAGAGUGAAAAUAUUCCUGUUAUGACAUUACGCGACUACGUUUCCGGGCUCGAGGACGCGGAUCGACUCCUCGACAUGAUUCCAGAGUCUAAGGAACGAGGAAUCUCUAGAGACAAGAAUGCAUCCGAUUUCCUAUAUCCCGAACACUACACUUUAUCCAAGAUGAUGACUGGUGUCAAGGGCGGAGUAUUACACCAGGGCAUUUUUAAUGUGUCACCGUACAAUUACCUUGAAGCCUCGAUCAAGGUUCCCGCAUUUCCGAAAGCACUUCUCGUUCUUGGACGAGAAAACAUAAACCGCGCAGUAGAUGGAGAUAUCGUGGUUGUUGAAGUGCUCCCUCAGGAUCAAUGGAAAGCACCCUCGACGAAGAUUAUCGAGGAAGAUACUAUCACGAAGAAUGAAAACGCCGAUAAUGAAGAUGGGGGCGAUAUCGUCACAGAACAGGAGAGACGGGCUCUGCAAGAGCAGGUAAAGAAGACCCAAGGUCUAAGCACGGAAGGUCGGCCACAACCUACCGCAAGGGUAGUCGGUGUUAUCAAACGAAACUGGCGCCAAUAUGUUGGUCACAUCGAUCCAUCAUCCGCCAGUGAUGCCGGAAGGCAAGGAAGGAAGCAGGAGACAGUCUUCCUAGUCCCGAUGGACAAGAAGGUACCAAAGAUUCGCAUACGCACAAGACAGGCAGGCGAACUAGUAGGAAAGCGAAUACUGGUCACAAUCGACGCCUGGGAUCGCGAAUCCAGGCAUCCUGUCGGUCACUUCGUUAGAUCUCUAGGUGAACUCGAAACUAAGACUGCAGAGACUGAAGCGUUAUUGCUUGAGUACGACGUCCAGUACCGGCCUUUCCCGAAGACUGUACUAGAUUGUCUGCCUCCCGAGGGCCAUGAUUGGAGAGUACCUACAAGUACAGACGACUCUGGCUGGAAAGAUAGAGAAGAUCUACGCGGCCUUCUCAUCUGCAGCAUCGAUCCUCCCGGCUGCCAAGAUAUCGAUGAUGCACUGCACGCAAGGCCACUGCCGAAUGGAAACUUCGAAGUUGGUGUGCAUAUCGCUGAUGUUUCACACUUCGUGAAACCAAGCAACGCCAUGGACAUGGAAGCCAGUAUCCGAGGAACAACUGUCUACCUAGUGGAUAAACGUAUCGAUAUGCUUCCGAUGUUACUUGGAACCGAUCUCUGCUCCCUGAAACCGUACGUAGAGCGUUACGCAUUCUCGGUGAUUUGGGAAGUCAACCAAUCAGCCGAUAUCGUCAACGCGCGGUUCACCAAAUCAGUCAUCAAGUCUCGCGAAGCAUUCAGUUACGAACAGGCACAAUUACGUAUCGACGAUGCCUCUCAGCAAGAUGACUUGACCCAAGGCAUGAGGACUCUAUUAAUGCUAUCGAAGAAAUUGAAGCAGAAGCGAAUGGACGCUGGAGCUCUCAGCCUUUCUUCGCCUGAAGUCAAAGUCGAGAUGGAAUCCGAGACAUCGGAUCCAAUCGACGUCAAGACCAAGGCCCUUCUAGACACCAACUCCCUUGUCGAAGAAUUCAUGUUACUCGCCAACAUCAGCGUCGCAGGCAAAAUCUACGAAGCCUUCCCACAAACCGCCAUCCUCCGCCGCCACGGCGCCCCUCCAAAGACCAACUUCGACGAGCUAGCCAACCAGCUCAAGGUCAAGCGCAACCUCGAGCUCCGCUUCGACAGCUCGAAAGCUCUCGCCGACUCCCUAGACCAAUGCACAGACGCAGAGAACCCGUUCUUCAACACGCUCGUGCGCAUCAUGGCCACCCGCUGCAUGAUGAGCGCGGAGUACUUCUGCGCCGGCACCCAGGCGUACCCAGAGUUCCGCCACUACGGCCUCGCGUCGGAGAUCUACACGCACUUUACGAGCCCCAUCCGUCGGUACGCCGACCUCGUCGCCCACAGACAACUCGCCGCCGCCAUCGACUACGAACCCAUGCACCCCUCCACCCGCAGCCGCGGCCGUCUCGAGGCCGUCUGCAAGAACAUCAACGUCCGCCACCGCAACGCGCAACUCGCGGGUCGGGCUAGCGUCGCUUACUACGUCGGCCAGUCCCUCAAGGGACGGGUCGCGGAGGAGGAAGGGUUCGUGAUGAAGAUUUUCAGUAACGGGUUUGUGGUGCUAGUUCCUCGGUUCGGGAUUGAAGGUCUGAUUCGGCUGAGGGAUUUGGCGGAGCCGGAACCUGAGAGUGUUUUUGAUGCGGAGGGGUAUGUGUUGACGACGAGUGGGAGUAGGGAGGUUAAGGUGGAGUUGUUUCAGAAGGUUCGGGUUAGGAUUCGCGAUGUUAAGGAUGAGAGGACGGGGAAGAGGGGGGCUAAGAUGGAGUUGAUUGAUUGAGUGGAGUGAGAGAGUGAUUAAGGGGGAUGAAGCUGAGAUGUUAAGUGGCUUGGAAGACAUUGAAUUGGGGUCUUCUAAAGUAAUGGUAUGGGAACAAUUGCUUAGGUGUAGCUAGUACAGCAGAUACAUUUCACGACAAUUCGGCAGCAGAGUUCUUGUGCGUUUCUAUUUUCUUCGUCUAUUCACUGGUAUUAUUUGAUUCCUCUGAUCUAGAGAACACAGGCCGGAUAAAGAUUCACUUGG